GGGAGUGAGCAGGGUCAUCGGAACCUUCCCUUGGUGUAAAAGUAAAACUGCAACGCGUUGGGUCAUCACCUUCCACUUCAUCGAUGGUGAUUCAGGGAGUAGGACCCACCAGUUGGCGUCUUGUCUAGUUCGAGUGGGUCGCACCCUAAUCCAACAACGAAGAAAAAUAGAUUGAAUAACUAGAAAUCUUAUUUGUCAUCUGCAAAUUUCCCGAGGAAGAUUGAACCAUGCUGCCUGUGAUUUUACGAUCAGAAAAACUCUGAAAUAAAUAAAUAGUGGUUUCCUUCCAUGGCAGAGUGCCGGCCAUCGGAUCACCUGUAACUCAGAGGACCCUCUUCACUCACAUUUGAAGCAAGUUUUCGUUUAGAAUUAACAAAAGAAAUGGGGAAGGUUGUUUUGUGGUUAGAAAUAGUCGUUCUGGCCUCUUUUUUUGGAGUGUUAAUCUCAGAGAAUUUCUUCGAGCCUUUCAAUGUGACCUACGAUCACAGGGCUCUCAUAAUUAAUGGGAAGCGUAGGAUGCUAGUAUCAGCUGGAUUACAUUAUCCUCGAGCAACACCUGAGAUGUGGCCAAAUUUGAUUGCCAAGAGCAAAGAAGGUGGGGCAGAUGUGAUUCAGACUUACACAUUUUGGAAUGGGCAUGAGCCAAUCAAAGGGCAGUUCAAUUUCAAAGGAAGAUAUAAUCUUGUCAAGUUUGUGAAGCUGGUUGGAUCAAAAGGACUUUAUCUUCAUCUUCGUAUAGGUCCAUAUGUCUGUGCUGAGUGGAAUUUCGGGGGUUUUCCUGUGUGGUUACGUGAUAUACCUGGCAUUGAAUUCCGAACUAAUAAUUCAUUGUUCAAGGAGGAAAUGCAUAGGUAUGUCAAGAUGAUAGUGGAUCUUAUGAAGCAGGAAAUGCUGUUUUCAUGGCAAGGUGGUCCUAUCAUAUUAUUGCAGGUUGAAAAUGAGUAUGGGAAUAUGGAAGCCUCAUAUGGAAAAGCGGGUCAGGAGUAUAUUUUGUGGGCUGCAAGAAUGGCGCUGGGACUCAAUGCUGGCGUUCCAUGGGUCAUGUGCAAGCAAACUGAUGCUCCGGGAAAUAUUAUAGAUGCCUGCAAUGAAUAUUAUUGUGAUGGUUACAAGCCCAAUUCGUAUCACAAGCCAACAAUGUGGACCGAGAAUUGGGAUGGAUGGUAUACAACUUGGGGUGGUAGGGUACCUCAUAGACCUGUUGAAGAUCUAGCAUUUGCUGUUGCUCGCUUUUACCAACGAGGUGGAAGUUUUCAAAAUUACUACAUGUUUUUUGGGGGAACCAACUUUGGUCGGACAUCUGGGGGACCAUUUUAUAUAACGAGUUAUGAUUAUGAUGCUCCAAUUGAUGAAUAUGGUCUUCUGAGCCAACCAAAGUGGGGACAUUUGAAGGAUCUGCAUGCUGCUAUAAAGCUUUGUGAACCAUCCCUAGUUUCGGUUGAUGACUCACCUGAAUAUAUGCGAUUGGGCCCAAAUCAGGAGGCGCAUGUUUAUUGGCGAUCUGGUCUUCAUAGUGACCUGAAUUCAAGUGUGUGGGGAAGUGAAAUAAGAUGUUCAGCGUUUCUUGCAAAUAUCGAUGAACACCAUUCAGCUAAUGUGAAGUUCCUUGGCAAAGUUUAUAGCUUGCCACCAUGGUCAGUAAGCAUUUUGCCAGAUUGUAAGAAUGUGGCUUUUAACACUGCCAAGGUUGGGGCCCAGAUUUCACUUAAAGCAGUCGAGAUGGAUUCUUCCUCACUUUCAAAAACAUCCAGUUCAGGGUACUUGUCACUUGAUAAUGAAGCAUCGUUUAUCUCGAAGACAUGGAUGUCAUUCAAAGAGCCGAUUGGUGCUUGGGGCCAGAAUAGCUUUACAGCAAAAGGCAUCUUGGAGCAUUUAAAUGUAACAAAGGAUACAUCUGAUUAUCUUUGGUAUAUUACCAGAAUACAAGUUUCUGAUGAAGAUGCUUUAUUUUGGGAGGACAAUGAGAUCAAUCCUGCACUUGCAAUUGAUAGUGCACGUGAUGUAGUUCGGAUUUUUGUAAAUGGGAAUCUUACAGGCAGUGCAAGUGGUAAAUGGAUUGCUGUAAAGCAACCUGUUAAUUUGGUGCGAGGAUACAAUGAGAUUGCACUAUUGUCGGUGACUGUGGGCUUGCAGAACUAUGGUGCUUUUCUUGAGAAAGAUGGAGCAGGAUUUAGAGGCCAAAUUAAGUUAUUGGGCUUUAAAAGUGGUGAGAAGGAUCUCUCGGAUUUAGUUUGGACGUAUCAGGUUGGAUUGAAGGGUGAAUUUUUGGAAUUAUAUGACUUGGAAGGGCAAAACAAUGUGGAGUGGUCUUCUUUAAGUCAAGACCCUAAGGAUUCUAUUUUCACCUGGUACAAGGCAUACUUCGAUGCUCCCAAAGGUACAAGUCCUGUAGCACUUGACUUGGGAAGUAUGGGAAAGGGUGAGGCUUGGGUUAAUGGUCACAGCAUUGGAAGAUACUGGUCCUUGGUUGCACCAAAAGAUGGAUGCCAGAAAUGUGAUUAUCGUGGAGCAUAUCAUGAAAGCAAGUGCACAACAAACUGUGGUCAAGUUACUCAACGUUGGUACCAUAUCCCGAGGUCAUGGUUACAAGCCUCUGACAAUCUUCUUGUCCUCUUCGAGGAAAUUGGAGGAAACCCAUUGGAGAUCUCCAUCAACUUGCAUGCCACGCAGACAAUUUGUGCCAAAGUUUUAGAGUCUCACUAUCCACCUCUCGACAUCUGGUCACAUCCCGAUUUUAUAAGUGGAAAGUUCUUGUACCAAUAUGUCAGUCCGCAACUAAGCCUUCGUUGCGACGAUGGACAGAAGAUCUCAGCCAUAACAUUUGCCAGUUUUGGCGAUCCCUAUGGGAACUGCCAAAAUUUCAGAUAUGGAACAUGUCAUGCCCCCAACUCCCUGGCCAUUGUCUCCAAGGCAUGUGAAGGACGAAGCAGCUGCACACUCAAUGUCUCCAACCAGGCUUUUGGCCAUGACCCUUGUCAAGGGAAGCUCAAGAGCUUGGCAGUGGAGGCAAAAUGCAUGCCAAGUUUAGACAUAGGCACUGCUAUCUAUUGACUGCUAACUGUCAAGGCUUAUAUGCUUGAAGAAAUUGCUAUAGUAAUGGAGUUGUGGAAUUUGCUUGUAUAUAAAAUAGGAUCUGGUAACUGCCUUUUAAUUGACCUUUUAUUGUCUUUUUAUGUACAGUAAGAUUAUGGAAAACCAAGGUCUUAGGUUUUGCUGAGUGAAAAAUAAUAUACAUUAUUUCCACUGUGAUAUACUCUUUCCUGUCUAUUGUGUACGAGAGAACAGAGAUUGCCUUAAUAAAUAUUAGAAUUACAUUGACUGCC